UACUCUGCAGGUAAUAAUAUUAUUAUCGCUGCCUAUCAGCCAUUAUAAUACCGCGGCGGUCGUGUUGCAAUUCCAUUUACAUCCAAACGUCCGAGCACCGCACACAUUCGCGCACACGCACGCCGCACCGGUUGGUCGAACGACUAUAGUAACAUAAAUUGUUGGCGAUUUUCGCGCAAAACCUUUGGGUCGUCGGCACACCGAUACCUAACCUAUAGUUAUUAUAGGCGUUAUCGUAUGCAUAAUAUUACUAUCGCUUUUUCUUGUCGUCGCUAUAGGGUGUAAGUGACACCCCCGUUCGUCCCCCGUCAACGUCCGAAAACAAUAAUAUUUUGAAACCAGAACCAUACCUCGACCAUGGAAGUGGACAAUUACGGGCCAGUCGUGAAGAUGGGCUCCGGGCACGAGCUGCGGUUCGAGGACGACGCCGAUUUCGAGGAGUCGUACAAGGAGCGAGCCGUGAACGACCUGCGCGAGACGCCGGAGCGCCGGGCAGAAGCUCUAGAGGAACUCCGGAGACUUAUCAGAGAGGAGAAAAAACUUUACCUUCCUACUGACGAAACCACAGAACUGUACUUGUUAGCCUUCUUGAGAGUCUGCAAAUUCUACCCGGACAGUGCAUUCAAAAGGGUGAAAUUUUUGUACAAAUUACGCCAGAAAAAUCCAAAAUACUGCAAUGACUUACUACCGAGCUUAGAAAAAAAUGUCUUUGCUCAAAAUAUUCUUACAGUCUUACCAUCACGUGAUCAACACGGAAGGAGAAUAUUAAUCACAGAAUGUGGACAGAGAUGGAAAGUUAAAAAUUGCACACUGACAGAGAUCUUUCGCGGUGUCGAGCUGGUGAUUGAAGCGGCUAUUCUCGAGCCUAGAACUCAAGUGUCGGGCACUGUGCUGUUGGUGGACUUUGCUGGUCUGACCAUAAACCACGUCUGGCAAUUCACACCAAACUUCGCUAAACUUGUUUUGGACUGGAUACAGUAUUCAAUGCCUGCAAGACUUAAAGAAGUGCACAUCGUAAAUCAACCGUACAUAUUUAACAUGGUUUUUGCAAUGUUCAAACCAUUUAUGCAAGAAAAAUUAAGAAAUAGAAUGCUUUUGCACGGUUAUGAUCACUCGUCAUUAUUAGCACAUCUGGAUGCCAAAUGUUUACCAACUAAAUACGGUGGUCUCAUGGACAUAGAAACCGACCAAGGCAUAGAUUUGUGGAACUUACUGUGUUAUUACGAAGACAACUAUAAAGUGACAAAUGAAUUCGGCUACAAAAAGAAGAAAUAAUCAAAAAUAUCUUAAGAAACUCAGUACCUAGACUAGAAUCGUGUAUUUUAUGUUAUUUAAUACUACGUACUAUUAUAAAUGUAGAUUUUAAUUAUUUGUUAUUGGGUUAUUUACCAAAAAUAUGAAUAUUUAUAUAUAUACGUAUUUUUUUUUUUAAUACCUAAUUAAUUUGCUGUAUUUAUUAUUUUAUUCAAAUGUAUUUAUUAUAUUAAAGUGACUUUCAACACAAAUUAUCGAAUUAAAUCAAAUUAUUAUUUGAUUGAUGAUUAUUUGUUUCGACUGUGUCAAAUAUUUAUAAUAAUAUGAUUACAUAGAUAGUAUUUAAUCAUACUGCAAUGACAUGUACCACUAUCAAUUUUGAAAUUAAAUUGCAUUACAACGAUAUAAUAAAAACCUAAAUGUUUUUUCUCCUAACUUUUGUUUUAUAUUUUUGAAGACAGUUUUUACUACUUGGAUUUUAAAACAAUAAUUGUAUUAAUAUAAGAACAAAUAUUUAUAUUGAAUUUUUAAAAUAAAGUAAGUUGUUUUCCAGU